AUGGCCAAGGACUCGUUCGAGGCCAGAAUGGCCGGCUUGGAAAAAGCCAAAGGACCGCCAGAAAAGAUUUUAGAGGAAGCUGCAAGAAUCCUGGAACUUGAUCUCGAGACGACCCUCACGCGUUGCGCCACGGAACCGUUAUACAUCGCAUUUCCCAAGUCUCACGGUUUCAAAGAGCAAUGGGUUCUGCGAUGGCUCCUCAAGAAGCUCGGUGCCUUGGACAAAUCGGAGGAUGGAGAAGGGAAAGUUGGCGCCUCUCAGAAAAGUUUCAUCGUGUCGCCAAAGUUCUGGUCUCUCCUUCUCAACCUAAGUCGUUCAAUACCUGGCGAUGUGUGUUCGGAGAUUCUCCUCGAACGAGACUUCCAGCCAUUGCUGGUCAGCUCCAUUCGAGAGCUCCUCCACAUGGAAGGCUCCCAGACGAAUGUGGCUGCGAUAAAGCAUGACCAUACAGACGGGAGGCGUCCGACGAAAAGGAGGCGAUUGUCUCCCGAGUUGGCCUGCCAAACUACAGUGAUCUCCCAGGAGACGUUGCUGUGGUUAGCUUUGCAAACAGGAACUCGAUGCGCCGGCUUGUCCACCACGUCGACCUCUUCACGGAGCGCGGGAAGUCGUACUGCUCCUGUAAUCAAGACCGCCACAUGGAGUGAUCAUGCUGCCUUGCUGGGCUGCUUGCUGGAGGUAAUGGCGUCCAUCAUGAACAACAGUACUGAUGCUCCGAGUGUCGAUCUCUUGUCCACGAUACUGGAGACUCUGCUGUCAUCCUGGGACGCGGUUGCUCCCACCACCCGGAAAAAGGACGAUGGACAGGACCCGGCAUUCUCCUCACAAUGUCUCCUCCCCUGUUUGCAUCUGCUCGACAUUCUUGCCAAACCACAGUGGAGCCAUGGAUCCUUUGCACGAUCGAGACUUGCGCUCGAGCGGCUGAUAGCGCUGCAUGUUGUAUUUCCCCUGAGGCUGAUAUUCAACGAACAGUUCACUAAAAAAUGGAGGGUCACGAAAGACGUUUUGCUUUUCGAACAGAUGGAAACAUUGCUGAAGGCUUACAACAACCCUCUUCCUGUUGAGAGCAAACGGUCUCAACGGGUUGAGGCCCAUGCUGCACCAGGGAUCGUGGAACUUUCGUGGAUUAUCCUCGAUGUAGCUGCGCGCUCAAUUCCCAUCUCAGACUUUCGCAGGCGACAAGUGGAACAGCCAUUUGUCGACUCGUUGUUCAUCUGGCUCGUUCACGUCAGCUGGCCUCGGAUACCCCACAUUAUGUCGACGGGAGUCUUGCAACAACCACUUCCCGUCAGCCGAACUUCCGAAAUUCAGGAUACGUGGGCGUUAUCCCUGGAACGUUUAAUUGAAGUUGCCCACGCGAGAAAGCUGCAGCUCAGCUUGCAAAUCAUUACUUAUGUCCUACAGGCUGUGUUGACUAUAGACACGGAAUCAGCCCCCUGGAAUCUCUUGGUCAAGAUUAUCCAACUGGAUCUGAACACCUUGAUACCACAUUCUGGCCUGGCAAGUUCCGCAGGUUUUCUGGAGCAAGUCUUGGACCGGAUCCAGUCAAGCACAGUUUCUCAGGCUACGUAUGUUCUGUUACGGGAUCAAAUCGUUUGCCCUUUGCUCCACAGCUUUGCCCGCUCAAGGGAUCUGGACGGCUUUGUCACUGGCUGGCAGCGAAUGCUCGCGGAGGCAAUCAGAGUUCGUUACACUUCGAGACAUAAUCAAGCAGACAUUCCUGCGGUGUUAAUUUGGGAAGACGAAGACAUUUUCGACGAACUCAAACCACUCAUCAAUGUUUAUGCGCCGCCAAAUAUGGGCCAACGGAUGCUUGAAAGUUUAGUUGAACCCAUCGACAAAAUUGGCGACAAGGUUGGGUCCACGGCAGAAGUCUUUGCGAAAUUAGCCAUCUUUUGCGCCGUUCUGGAAAGCCCGUGGUCCGAGACCAGAAACAUACGGUUCGAUCAUGGACAACCGCACGUUUUAUUGCUUGGGGCAAUGAAUGCUCUGUCUCGCAAUUCCGACUACCAAGGCCAGCGGUGGAGGCUGUGGAGGCUGAUUGGACUCCUCCUGCAAAUGAUAAAUGGCGAGGCCGUGCCCGUUGAGAUCGAUACUCUGCUAAGUUCUGCCCAACACUUCGUUUCUCUGAAGGACAUUCGGAGCUCUGAUCAGGUUGGCUCUGUCAGGCAGACUGCCAAAAAUCUCGAACAUCUGGAAUGCUUUUCUCUCCUUCUACAACUGGCCGCACAAUCGAAGCAACAUCAACCGAGACUCGAAGCAGAGGUGGGUUAUCUGGCAGAUGUGCUGCAGAGCCUUGACGAAGAUCGCGUGGCUCUGUGGGAUGGGCGUAACGCCAGAUGUAGCGGCAUCCAUGAUCUGGUGGCUGCAUGCAUUGGGAAACUAUUACAGACGCCCGAGAUUUUCUUCAGGUAUCCGGAAAGCUUCAAGGCCCUCGUUCAGGCCUGCCUCGAGAGGGUUUUUCAGCCAUUGGCACACGAUGCUGAAGCCGAUUCUUUACCGAAUUUGCGUGAUCUCUUGCUGGCCGUGUUGGAAGCUGAGGACAUUUCUCGGUCUCCUCUUCUACGACAGCUGAUUUUUGAGCACGUUGACAAGAAUUUACGGUCGACCAACAGGAGCAGAAAGAUUUGCAUGAGACUUUUGUCCUGCCUCUCGAUGGAGACCAUGAAGAGACCGGUAAUCAAGGGCUUUGUGGCGUCAACGCUUCGUCGCCUUUUUGACGAGUGUAGGGAUGCAAGGCUAGAAGCUGUUUCAGACGACUUGUGCCUCUUAGCUUGGUUGGACUCCGUAUUCCCAGGGGCAUUAACUGACUACGGAGAUUGGCAAAAAUGGAUUGACUUCGCUGCGGUUGUCCUCCGAUGGAACGAUGAAGGGUCCUUGCAACUGGAGAUCACGAACUACCAGAAAUACAUGUCAUCUUACGUGACGACUUUACACAUCUUGGACCGGGUUUUCCAGUCAAUCAGGUCACGGACUCUGGCCGUUCUGAGGCCCAAAGCGAAGGAAAUUGUGGCUUACAUGGUGACAACAGCCCGGAAUCCAUCUGUCCCACUCUUUUGCUUGCGAAUCUUUCUUGAUUUCGCCAACGGGUCGGGCAGCGCAUUGGAAAAGGGCGACCAGCAUAAGAAUGUUGAGUUCUUGCGGGAAUUGCUCGCAAGACGUGUGAAGCAGGAAUCUAACAAAGCCCUUUCUGAUGCGUCGACUCCUGCAAAUCUCCUGAGGCUGCAGCUCCUUGUUGACAUGCUCCACUCCCUUGACAAAGACUUCCUAUCGGAUGAGUUGCGGCAUAUUGAGUCAGCCAUCCAGGAAAAGCUCCUGCAUGCAGAAACGCACUCUAAGGAGGGGUGUGCUGUCAAGCAAAAUUGGCGAAAGGAUCUUUCUCUUCGCCCUCAGUCCAUCAAGUCCACACUUACGUCAGAUAAACAGCAUGUCCAAGAGCUGGCCUCAUUUAUAACACCUUUGGAUCUAUGCACAAACACUAGCGCCACACUUCUGGCCACUGAAGCGGAGGUAUUCGCUUGCCAACUCGAGCCGACCAGCUGGCUUACAACGCUGGAGGCCCUUCAACACAAGAGCGAGCAAGCAGAAUACCAGCCGGCAUGUGCCGUGUUGGUGGCUUGCAUUUUAAGACGCAUCAAGAUGCAACACAUGUUGCAAUACCCAGCCUUGGCUCAAGCUGUGGCGGGGAUUGUGUGUAUGGACGCCACAGUUACGAAACUGAGCACUAGCGGGCUACUUCUUACCUUGGAAAAUUGCCUGAGCGCGCUCGAGCUCCAUCCGCUCGUGGUGAAUCAAUCGGUCCUGGAUCGAUUGCUCGCAACUAUACACGCCGUCGUCUCUGCCAGAUCCGAUGGUGCGCGAUGCCUACAGACGAGAGACUUCGAAACCGACCCCCAACCAGCCGACAUCUUCCAACGGGUUUGUGGAGUUAUUGGGGCAAUUCUUGGACGACACCGUAAACGGCUCACUGAUCGUUACCAUUUACUGCUUCCGAUCCUGCAAAACCUUCUACGAUGUCUGUUUUGGACCGGACAAAAAGUGCUGGAAAGUCAACGAGGUGACGCUGCGAAUGCGACCAGGUCUUUCGCCAAGUCGCUGCCCAACUGGCUGCAUGUAUCGGCAGAACCCCUGCCGCAGUCCUCUGCAGAACAAUUUGCUCGUUUACUCUCGUCAAUCUCCAAUCCCACGGUGUCUGCUGCACGAUCGUCGAAUAAGGGUGGCCGCAACGAGCUGAAUGACGCAGUGAAUCAGGCUCGGAAACUAGCAGGACAGCACAUGCAGUAUCUUGUCAUGGAGUACUGUCGAUGCGCUCUCGACGGGCAAAUCACGCCGGCGACGAAGGAUUCUUUGAUGCCCGGCAUGUACCGAGUCAUGGACGCCCUCGAUAGGGACGUUAUGCGGGCCAUGAAUGCAGGCAUGGACCCUAGCAGCAGGACGAUAUUCAAAGCACUCUAUGACAGCUGGGUACGGUAUGGGAAGUGGGACAAGAGUUAG